AUGGCAGCAACUGCUACAAUAACAACACCAUUUUUGUUUAAACCUCGAACUGCUGUUUUUGAACAUCCCGUAACGUAUGAUAUUGAACAAAAAGCGAAACAUAUUGAUCUCGAACAGUAUUAUAUCACACUUGAAUCAAGAACAACUAUACAAAAAUGUGCUAAAGGUCCUGUUUGUAUUAAUGAAUGUGAUAACCAAGGGUCUUACAUUACAAUCGAGAAUACCAGUCGUUCAAAGAGUAUUGCAUUAUCUGGUUGGAGUAUACGUCAAGAAGGUGAAAAUGAAACGACAAUAUUUUUAUUUCCUGAAAAUUGUGUUUUAAAACCAAAUUAUUCCUUAAAGAUCUAUUCGGAGUCAAAUAAAAAAGAACAGAAAAAUGGUGACCUUGUCGCCUUAUCUGUACCUUCUUGGCAAACUGGUUCAAACUUUGUCACAAAAUUGGUUAAUACAGAUGGCAAGAUAGCUGUUAAACUCGAGAUUUGUUUGUGGAAUCCUUAUUUAAAAAAAUUGUAUACACAAGCAGCAACAUUAAAAUUGAGAUGUAUUCUUAAUUAA